GUGCGAGGCUGAUAAAUCGUACCUCUUGCAUUAUACCUUUCCUUUCUGACGCCUUUUCUUUUUUCCCCAGCUCAGCUUUUAUAGUUGUUUAAGAUCAGAGAAAGCACUUGCCAGUUGCUUUUUCUUUGCUUUUGCUCUCUUCUUCUGCCUCGUGCAAGAUGGAGCUAGAAAACGAAAUGAUCAGCUCCUCCAGCAAUUCUUCAGCAGGCUCCAGAGAGUACAAGGUGGUGAUGCUAGGAGCAGGGGGAGUUGGCAAAAGCGCAAUGACAAUGCAGUUCAUAAGUCAUCGGUUCCCUGAAUAUCAUGAUCCAACUAUAGAGGAUGCCUAUAAAACUCAAGUCCGAAUUGAUGAUGAACCAGCCUAUUUGGACAUUCUGGACACUGCCGGGCAGGCAGAAUUCACAGCCAUGAGGGACCAGUACAUGCGAGGUGGAGAAGGCUUCAUUAUCUGCUAUUCCAUCACAGACCGCCAAUCCUUUCAAGAAGCUGCUGAGUUUAAGGAUCUCAUUUAUCGUGUCCGGCACACCUAUGACAUCCCCUUGGUGCUGGUGGGAAACAAAAUAGAUCUUGAAGAGUUCAGGCAGGUAUUUUUAAUAGUUUAUUUGUUACGAGUUGGGAAGGGAUUCCUGGUAGCUGUGUGUUUGCUGGAGUCAGAAAAGGCAGCGACAGAGCUGGAG